AUGGCAGACAGCAGGCGCGCCUCGUUCCGCGACAUGGUCGAAAUUGUCCAGUUCGAUGCAGAAGAGAGCAAUGGCAACCGCCAAAGCAAGUCUUUGUGCGUGGCGACCGCAGGGGCACGCGCAUUGAAGCGGCAGUCGUCCCCAGCGCCCGCGAGGACGGGGUGGGCUGGUUUUGCGUCGACGACGUUGCCGCUGCAGGCCCCUGCCACUCGCACAGCGUCGUGCGCCAGCUCUUCGAACGAAUGUUCCUUGCUAGCUGCUGGUUGCUCGCCCAGCAGCAGCAUGUCCACCGCGGCGGGCGACAGCGACGCGGAGGAGGCUGCCCAGGAGAACGUGUUCGCGAAGGCGGCCGAGAGACGGCGCAUCCGGCGCAGCGUCACCGCCAAUCAUGGACCAGGCCUUUCCCCACACGCCUUGCCAGCGAUGACGAUGUCGAGGAUCCUCACACGGCGUCGAGGUGGGUCCGCCGAUUUCGGCAUUGCAGACAUCAGCUCGGGCCCUGCAGACGACAGCAUCGACCGUCUUUCUGAGAGAGUCCCUGCUUUCUGA